UCUCUCUAAUUCUGUCCUUCAGAACACAAACUCCUAAAAACCCAAAAGAAAAUGGAAGAAGCCCUAAGAAAGUUCAGCGAGUCUACCCACUCGCUCAUCCCCGGCUACGAACUCGACCCGAAUCCCCUAACAAGAAACUUCACCAACGCAAAGUCCUCAAACAGCAAACCGACUUCAAAAGAGACAAGAGUCACCUCUCUCGGAACUGGCAACGCCACGACGAGAUACCGUGGCGUUCGUCGUAGGCCGUGGGGACGCUACGCGGCGGAGAUACGUGAUCCAACGUCGAAGGAGAGACGGUGGCUAGGAACGUUCGACACAGCGGAGCAAGCCGCUUGUGCUUACGACUGCGCAGCACGUGCGUUUCGUGGAUCUAAGGCUCGUACGAACUUUACUUACCCUGUCGCCGUUGCUGUUCCUGAGCAUAGGCUCCCUUUCUUCCCAAAGAAAUCUUUAACGUCCGCUCGUUCUCCUCAUGAGUUCUACGGUACACCGGCACCGCAGAAGAUUAACAACGACGCCUCGUAUUCUUCUCGCAAAACGGCGCCGUUUAACUCUUUCAACGGCUCUUACUCCUCUUCUUAUUCCUACUCCCAGCCAAAAACGGCAUGCGUUUCGUCUUCCGCUAACGACUACGACACGGAGUUUUUCCCGCAAGAACCUUCCGACUCUGGUCUCUUGGAAGAGGUCGUUAAAGAGUUCCUGAAGAAAAACCGCAACCACCCUCCUCCGACGCCGCCGAUGAUCGGGCAUCUAGAGAACACUGGUAAUUUGUCUGCUCUCUCUAACGUCUCGGACAGUUUCUUUCAACAGACAACUGAGCCUACAACGUGGACACUAGAAGGCCACGGAAACAACAAUCAAGCUGGUGGCUCCGGUUAUUUCGACGGCAUUAGCCCCGCCGCAGACAGUGAUUUUACGUACGGAUCGGAGGCGUGGGGGUAUCAAGAAAUGUUUAUGUACGGCGGUCAGCUGGGAUGUACUUGCCGCAAACCAUGUUAG